AUGGAAUACAAGUCGCUGCUCUCCACUCCUGACGACUUGGCUACCAUUGCUGAAGUACCUGAUGAAGAAUGUGCCGUUCGUCCAAAGACAGCAUGGAGAAGAUGGCCUGCCUCUACUACAACGUUGUCUGUUACCAUCUUGAUUGAAGCUGUGGCAAUACUAGGCCUCCUUCUUUACAUCCAGUCGACCUCACGAACAUGUCCCGAAGACAUCGGCUACUAUCCUGCUCGAGAAGCGGUGCAUUACUACGAAACAACCUUUGCACCUGGAGAGGUCUUUAUGAGUAAAGACGGGUUUCCCACGAAAGAAACAGAUAAGCCUGGCGCAAUCUUCAACUUCGAUCGACUUCGCAAAUCCUAUCAUCGUGGCCAUUAUUUUGCAAACGAGACGGAACAUGGAUUUGUUCACCAUCGAGAACACUGCAUCGAACAUCUACGUCAGUCGAUCAUGUGCUCCGGUGACAUCGCGAUGGAUCGCUGGCAACGGGACCCAGAAGACCAAGAGUCCUGGCUCUUAACUACAGGCGUCCCGCACGUAUGCCGCAGCUUCGAUAGUCUCUCAGACUGGGUCAAAAAGCAUCAACUGCACAAGCGCGAUUGGACUAGGGUGCCCAAAGAGGGCCAGGGCGAAGUGGACAGUCAGUGA